AUGCGUUACGCACCCAUCGUGAACGAGCUUCUCCAGUUACUCGACAAAUCAUUUCCUUAUGCUUCAGGAAUGGAGGCCCUUGAACAAGCUAUCCAAUCUGCGCUUCAGUAUAGGAUUGUUGAGAUGGAAAGCUACGGACUCACCUCUGCUAAAGGGUUUCUAAACUUUGCAACCUGGAUGGUUGACGGCUGGAUACCCACCGAGUCAGCAAAGGGCAGAGACAUCUACUAUAUUUUGUGCAUCUUCUAUUUCGUGUUUGACCAGGUCCCACUCAAGGAUUGUCAAACUGCGAUUAGGCCCGAAUCUGUGGGGCAAGAUCUAUCCGAGCUCUCCCAAUGGAUGGUGAAGUUUGCCAAGGAGGUUGGAAGCCACAUGGACCGACCAGAGUCGUUGAACGAAGCAUCGCUCACUUCCUUCUGGAAUGCUCCAAGCUUCCAUGUAUUCGAGGCGGAUGAAUCCAAAACCGAAGGGGGGAAGUGGAAGAACUUCAAUCAUUUCUUCUGUCGUCAUCUCAAAGAUGGCGCACGGCCCAUCGAUGGCGAGGGUGACGACAGCAUUGUCAUCUUUCCUGCGGAUUCAACCUUCUCCGGAUACUGGGAUAUCACUGAUGAUUCAUUGGUCGAGCUGAAAGGUCUGCCUUGGCAUAUAGGCGAUCUCCUUGGGCCGUAUAAGUCCGAUUAUGGCGACUCUUUCAAGGGCGGAGUCUGGCUGCAUUCGUUUUUAAACUCAUUUGACUAUCAUCGCCAGCACGCUCCAGUGGGAGGUACUAUCAAAGUCAUCGACACUAUUGAUGGUGCGGCUUACCUAGACGUUGAAUACCAGCCUGAUAGUCGAUCUUUGAUGCCAAAACGCCCUAUGCGUCCUAUAUACUCUUCGGGGCCUGUUUUCCGUGGAGCGGAGGCGACAGAUAAAGAAGGGUAUCAAUUCCUGCAAGCACGGGGGAUUAUCAUUAUAGAGAACGACAAGAUAGGUACGGUUGCUGUUCUACCGAUUGGCAUGGCGCAAGUCUCGUCUGUGGUGGUCAGGGAUGACCUUAAGCCGGGGGCUACCAUUAAUAAAGGUGAUGAAAUUUCUCACUUUGAGUUUGGUGGCUCGGAUAUUGUGGUGAUGUUCCAGGGCGGCAAGAUAGACCCCCAUACUCUCCCGCAGCCAUUGUCACGGAAAAGCGAAGAACCUUUGUAUGAGCAUCACAAUUACGGAGAAAUGCUCGUAAAGGCCAAAUCAAAAUCCAAGUCCUAA